AUGAAGCAGGUCUGGCGGUUCAGCGGCCCCGGCGCCAUGAUCAGUACGUCAUAUUUGAACUCGGGCAGCAUCGAGGCCAACGUGGAGUCCGGGUCGGGCGCGCAGUUUCAGCUGCUGUGGCUGAACCUGCUCACGGCGUUGAUGAGCGUGCUGCUGCAGCGUCUGGCCCUGCGCCUCGGAGCCGCCUCCAAGCACCACCUGGCCCAGCACUGCACCACCUUCUACUGCCUGGCGCCGCGCUACUUCAAGUGGGCCCUCAUGGAGGUGGCCAUCCUGAGCUGCGACAUGCAGAACGUCAUCGGCACGGCCGUCGCCCUCAACAUCCUGAGCAGGGCCUAG